AUGUCUUCAAAUUUUAACAUAAAGUUGAAUAGAUCGAGAUCAGCCGACAGUUUGAGUGCAUCGAGUAAUCAUUAUGUUAAAAGAGACAAAUCUUACGUUUGCUUUUAUGAUUAUUUCAAUCACGAUAAUCAUUUACAAAGCGAUUCGUCUCAGGAAAUCUGUGUGGUUAUUGAUGAUAAUUCAGACAUAUCGUCGAUUGAUAAGGAACAUCUGGACAGUGGUGUUACAAAUACGUCAAAAUUUGACGAUACAAGUCUCUCAUCUUUGGAUAGAAAAAUUAAUAAGCUGAAUGAUAUGCUACAGGAACAGCACUUGCUAUUAAAAAAACUCAAAGAAGACCUGAUUGGCUCUAAUAUUGUGAGUACCUUAUCGCCAACUACGCGACUUGGCUUACUGAAGGAUUCUUAUAAUACGCUGGAAGAUGGAACGAAAAUACUAUCGGAUUCCUUAAGCUUCGGAGGUGGAAAAACAUUCCCAAAUGAUUUAAACUUAAUUAAAAAGACGGAUAUACAAAAUAUCGAUAUGGAAAUCCGUCAAGCCCUCAUUGAAUUUCUACAAAGCGACGAUCUUAAGGAUCGCAUAGCGUCCGCAACAGCAGACAGCGUAAAGUCGGUUGUUAUUGCUAGUUUCUCUGCGGUUUUUCCCGGCGCAUAUCUACGGAUCAUGGAGCAGUGCCAUCGCCGGCUCCUCAGGCAUGUUACACGGACCUUGGAGAAUGCUUUUAAUGGAUUAGAAGCAGGUUCGGCAUCAUUGUUUAAAUCUAUGCAUAGGAUCAUUCGCAUAGAAUUAGAGAAACAUCAAGUCCUAUUAGAGGAAAGCAAAUCUGGAGACAAUUUUGAUAACUUUCAAAAUAUGUUACAAGUUGUCUUGAACAAUGAGCUAAAAGAGUGGCGCGAAAAGUUACAAGACGUGUUAACGCCACAGCUACAAGCACAUAUUUUUGAUUAUGAUGAAGAUGCAACGGAACCCAUUUCACCCAAUAGUCCACCACAACCGGCCGAUCCUGAAAGAUCUAUAAUCGAUCAAUUAAUGAAAACAGCAGAGAUUAACAAGCAUAUCAAAGAUGGUGACAUCAACAAGUCGUUCGAAGAAGCAUUGUCGUCUGCGGACCUGUCGCUUGUAAUAGCGGCUUGCAAGGCCGCUGACUUAGACAAGGUGUUCUCCACGCCUUGCAGUUUGAAGCAAUCAGUGUUGUUGUCUCUCGUUCAGCAACUAGCAACUGACAUGGUACACGAUACACAACUUAAAUGCAGGUAUUUGGAGGAAGCCAUCAUUAAUCUAAAUACAGCUGACCCUAUCACACGUAUGCAUUUACCUCUGGUUGUUGGAGAAGUUCGCAAACAUUUAUCAAGAUUCUUGCGAUCAUUCCCAAGUCAUAUUGCAAAUCGUCGAAUAACGUUAAUCAUUAUGGCUGCUAAUAAUUUAUUAAAAUAAGGCAGAUACAAAAAUAAUAAUUGU